GUGGCUGCCUUUGCUCUAACCUUCUCAUUUCGUCUAACUAAACAGCACGAAAUAGCACAUGAUCCGCGUUUGAUUUCGCUAUUCCUUAUAUAUCGGAUGCUGCUCUGGGACUACCCGCAUUCAGAUCCGGGAUUUACAAACGGGUCUUCUGUCAUAAAGCACACGAACAGACCUAUCGCUUCUCGCUCGGAAAAGGAGUUUUCUCCCUCUCAUCCUUGACAGUUUGAAGACAGCGCUGAGUGAGGAAACAGCUCCUUUACUCCUCAGGAAAAAAAAAAAAAGGCUGAAAAACUGCUUUAUGAACAGCACUUUGCCUCGUGGGUUUCUGUUCAGAUUGCGAUCCAAGUUGAGAGACAAAUCAGAGGUGAUGGACUUCAGAUGUUAACUCAGGUUUUCUAAAACUGCUUUUCAUUGCUACGUUUUCGGACUAAACUCCUCUGGCGGCUUCUUACACAAAUUGAGUGGGUUUAGCAAUAUACCUACCUGCAUGCAGAACUGGGAAAUCAAGGAGUUUUGUUCUUCUUUUUGCUUCACUGUUUUGGAUUUUAUAAUUAUUUAUUUCUCUUCCUCUUAAUGUAACUGGGUCAUUUUUUUGCGUCUUGGUUUUGUUGGGGGGGUAUUUUGAGAUUUAAUCCCUUCAUACAAACUGGAAUCGUCCGUAAUUGAUGCGCUUGUUGCUAUGAGUACGUGAGCAUAUUGGGAUUUUCGACUGGAAGCAACAUCUUCGCUUCCCAAACAGCAUUGACUUUAUUAAAUUGUGUUUUUUUCUGAUUUGCAUUUUUUUUUACGCACGUAUUACACAGAACUGUGUUUGCAAGCCACAGUAGCCACUCGGCGCGCCCCCACCUCAAGAGUGUUCUGAUCAAAUCUGAUACGCACCUACAAACUGCAGAUUCCCCCAGAAUCCAGCCACAUGCAAUUAUUUAAACACAGAAAAAACAAAAGGCAAACAAAUGUCAAAUAGGUUUUUUCUGUCCUGAAGAAAGUUGUUCCUUCACAGAACGCCAGACUGCGAGUUAGCAUUGAAGAGGAUUGCGGAUCGAAGUUGAGUAGUGAUGUUGCAUGUGGAGAUGCUUAUUUUCGUUUUUCUGAUCCUUUGGAUGUGUGCAAUUAGUCAGGAGCCUGGCUCCAAGGUGGUUGCUGACCGCUAUGCCGUCUACUGGAACAGCACCAAUCCCAGGUUCCACAGAGGAGACUACCACAUCGACGUGUGCAUAAAUGACUACUUGGAUGUGUUUUGUCCUCAUUAUGAAGAUUCAGUACCGGAAGACAAGACAGAGCGCUACGUUCUCUACAUGGUGAACUACGAUGGAUACAGUACGUGCGAUCACACUGCCAAAGGUUUCAAGAGAUGGGAGUGCAACCGCCCUCACUCCCCCAAUGGACCACUCAAGUUUUCAGAAAAGUUCCAGCUCUUCACACCCUUCUCUUUGGGAUUUGAAUUCCGACCAGGCAGAGAAUAUUAUUAUAUCUCAUCCACAAUAGCAGAGAAUGGAAGAAGAACCUGUCUGAAACUGAAGGUGUUUGUGCGACCAACAAACAGCUGUAUGAAAACUAUAGGCGUUCAUGAUCGUGUUUUCGAUGUUAACGACAAAGUAGAAAAUUCAUUAGAACCAGCAGAUGACACCGUACAUGAGUCGGCGGAACCAUCUCGGAGUGACAGCAACGCAGCAGAAAAGACCAGAAUAACAAAUCUACUCUUGGCAUCUGUACUUUUUUUUCUAGCGGCACUCUUGUCGUUAUAGCGCCUAGUUCCCUCUGAUGCAAAGGGAGUCCAGGAACAGCAGAGAUCUCCCCUGUAUUGUCCAAUCGAUGAAGGGGACCUUUUCAAGGGACACUCUUUUGCAGAUAUUAAAGUGGUCUUUUUCAAUCCAUGAUAAAGAGUUGAUAUCCAAGAGAGAGAGCCAGUUUCCCCAAAACUUUAAACUAAGAUGCCAAAUCCUGUUUUGACACUUAGUGAUUCUUAUUUUCCUGUAUAUGUAGGCUCCUUACACUUCUGCCAUCCGUGUAUCACCCACUCUCCCCACCCUGACCUCUGCCACUUGCCACACACUAUACGACUCAAUCCCACAUUAACUCAUUCAGGUGGCUGGACAGCGGUGAGAAAGAACAGUGGCAGGCACAGCUAGUGGGGUGGAGGAGAAAUGGGUGUGCUGCCAAGAGGGCCUUAAUUUCUCUGCAACAUUUAUACCUUCCUCACUCUAUAUUGUAGAAUGCAAAGGCAAGCAUUGUGGCACCAAGCUGGGGCUGCAGGGGAGAUAUUAAGAAUAGAUAUAAGACUGUUUCCUCAGGGAGAUGAGGAAAUGCAUAAAGCUUUUGAGAAGUGUCCUCUGCUGGGGAGUAUAAAUAUGUUUCUUGUUAUCAAUAUGGGCUUUUUUUAUGAAGCAUAGGGUAUAAUGAAAAAGUGGAAUUUAUGAAACUUUUAAAAUCAAAGAAAGGUACCGGAAUGUGAUACACAAGAGAGUUUAAUUUGGUGAGGCAAGGAAAAUGAAAUAAGUCUUGAGAGAGGAAAAAAAAAACAUGAUCAUGCAAGACAUCUACAUACAUACAUACUGUGGUCAAGUAUAGCAUGUUUUUGAAGUGAAUCUAACUAUACAUUGUCAGUUUUCAAAAUAUAUUUGUGAAUGCUGUUUUGUAAGCUCAAACUGAAGCAGACAGGUGCCAGCUUUAAGAUAGUUUUCCAAGCGUACCAUGAUUGUUUAAACUGUUUAUUUCUGUUUGCUUACAGAAAUAUAACAGUGAAGGGAGACAUACCUUAUAUACUAGAAUCUACUUUCUGACAUUGCAGCUGAAAACAAACCUGAAAAUUGUUCAUAUUCCUUUUUUUUUCCCAUUGCUGCUUGGAUUUAACUGAGGAGAACGAACGACAGCAUUAAGAAUUUAUUUUUUAUGGAACAUAAGUAAGCAGUUCUGUAUAGUGGCUUUUAAUGAUUUAAUCUUCCGCUUAAAGAAAACAUUCAGCUAAAACCUUCUCACAUAUCCCUCUUUUGUGUUAAAUGAUUUUUUUCAAGAUACAUGCAGUCAUAAUAGGAUAAAUUUAUCAAAUACAACAGUAACGCUUUGCAUUGUUUGUCUCCUCCCUUUGCUUCAGUAAGGACGUUUACUAUAAAAAUAUUUUCAAGGAUCAUGUUAAGUAGAUAACGUUUUUGCUUUGUUUCUGAACCUUGCCUUCAAAAACAUCAGUUACAUUUUUAUUAAAACAAAAUCAUAGAAGGUUCAGUUUUAUUCAUUUAUACUCAUGUAUACAGUAUGUUUAGAAGUAAUUUCAGGGUUAUGUCAGUGCUUUAGCAAAAAUUAACCUAAACAAAAACAAUCCCUUUACAUGAUAAUAACCAUUUUGAAUUUACUUUUUUUUAAAAGAAGGACACAACAGUUUGUAUCUAAACUAUAUUUUGUCAAAUCCAAGAAAAUUUCUAUAUAUUCGUAUAAUUAUAUUCUUGUUUUAAUGUAUGUGUGUGUACUAUGCAGUUACAUGAUAUAAAGUUGAUGAGCAUACAUGGUGACAUUCAUCAGGAACCUGAAUAUGAAGUAUUUAGAAGCAAACAGUAAAGUAAAAGCUGAGCUAAUAAGGCUGAAAUGUUUAUUUUCUCACUUACAAAAAGACAUAUACAUGAAUUCCUGAUAUUGGUGCAUACCGUUUUCAUUUAAGAAAAGACUUGGGAUCACUGUGCAGUGUAGCCUGCAACACAUAUUGCAGUUACAGGCUAAAGUAACUCUUCAUUCAGCUCCAAAAUGCUGGACAUGCAGUCCUGUGUUGUGGUGGUAGAACUAUUUCUGGAACUCCACAGGGGGAAGGUAUAAGUUUCACUCUCCAAAGUCUAAAGCUAUAGUGGGAUAGCGUAGGGGAACUUCAGGGACUAAAAAAUUAACAUGUUGUGAUGUAACAUUAUGGACCUCUCGGGCGCUUUAGAAGGGGUACAUAUUUAAGAUGCGCUUAAGUUCCCUGCCAUCUGACACUUGCCUCUCUUCAGUAAAGUUUCACUCCCCCCAUUUUUCCAGUCCUUUUCACGGCUUACCAGAGGUGUUGUGCUUGUUGUCUUUUUCCUGGUUCUUUUUCUUGAAUAUCAACAAAUGCUAUUCCAAAAAUAUAGCAGCACUUCAAAUGGGUGAUGGGAAGCCCUGAUUGCAAAGAACUUUACUCUUUAUACAAGGACCUUAAUAAUGUGUCAUUGACAUUAUGCGUUUUCAAACUCUGUGGUGAUAGCCUGUUAUCUGAGUAGCACAACACUUCUGCAAGUCUUUUUUUUUAAAUCACAUGUGUAAAACAGGGAAAUAAGGAUCAGUAUGUUAAAUGGAUACUGUGUAUCCUGAUGUAGUCAAUAAUAUAACAUGUAGUGUUAGAUUAUUAGUAUAUUGUUUUUUGUACCUUUCUGAAGGACAAAAGGAAAAAAAUGAGACGGUUCAUUGUUAAAAUUCUGUAUUAUUAGCAAAACUCUUGUUGUAAAUAGUGUUUGAUAUUAAAGUAUUAAUUUGAUUCUUAUGUCUUUUAUAAAAUGAACAUGGUAGAACCUCUGGAUAAUAUGGAGCAUAAAAACUGCUUUGUGAUCUUUGAUGCUAAACAAGUUUUGAGACAUCGGUCCUGUAGCCAUCUGUGAACUGAAAUGCACUAUGAACAAAUGGAUGCAAAUGGGCUCACCUGGAAAGUGCUUUUUCCAUUGUCUAAUCAAGGAAUUUUGAAGAACUGAAGCUGACUUUUGACGAUCAGUGUUUUGUCCUGUAUGUUUAUGGGUCUAAUGUCGGAGCCUUCCGAUUUCCGCGUUGUUGGUCUACGAGCUGACAGAUUUUUCUCACCCUUUCUCCACGGACAGUUUCUCUCGAAGGAUCUUGCCAGUAUCACGUGUGGCAUGCGCAUGGACUUGAUUAAGAAACAAAUAUAAGUUUGUCGGUAUAGUUUUUUGUACACUUUGUUGAAUGUGGACACUCCCUCCCCCUCUUAUAUGUAGGCAUCUUAAGGAAGCAAGGAAGGCUGUACUGUACGUUAUUCCGCUACUAAAGAAAUGUACAUAACCUGUCUCUGUUUAGCAGAAAAGUAUCAAUCAGUUUUCUGAAGCUCGGAAAUGAACCCACUGGUCCUUUUAUUCUUACCACGUAGCUUUGGUUGUCCACUGUUUUCAUUCAGACCCUCUUGUGUGUUUUUAUUUUCCUUGAGCAGUGAAUGGGUGCAACGACUCUCUUUGGCAGCACUGAAAUUUUCCCAUGCCUUAGCCCUCAAGCUGCUCUGAUGCGAAACAAAUCUCCCUACAAUAGACUUGCUGCCAUUGUCUGUACAGUUUAAUAGAUGCUGGCAUGUUGGAGGUUCCCCAUGAGUCUACGAUUCUGCUUUCCACGCUUACACUUGACACCCUUAUUGAAGUCACUCAUUGUAUGUGCAUCUGGAUAUGAAAGUCUGGCUCAUUGUGGUCCUGUGCUUGUACUGCUCCUGCUUUUGCAGUUUCUUUUGCACUUAAAUAUGAGUGCAGUUUUGACCUGCUUUACAGUAUAUAAAUAAAGGAAAAAAAAACUCUAAAGGUCUGUAUUUGUAUAUACACGUGUCUGAGCAACUAUAAAUAAAAAAGUCUAAAAAUAUA